AAAAGGGAGGGGGAGGGGCGAGAGAUCACUACUACCAGGGAGGGGGUUCGGGACUCCUCCACGGAGAGUGCGGAUUGGAUUCCAGGUCCUCCUCGGCGGCGAGGAAUCCUUCUUGCGCUUGUUCUUUUUCAUCCCCCUCGCCCUUUUAAUCUCCCCUAUUCUUCCUCCUUGUCCUCCUCCUGGUUAUCGUCGUCUUCCUUACUUGCUGAGCAGUCGUGGGUCCCUCUUGUAUUGGUUGUGAGUGUUGGGAGUGCCCUGCAGCAAUGCUGCGAUUGGUGGCGGUGGGGAAAUACCGAGCCGGGCGUCGUGAGGGUUAAGUGUUUGGUGGUGGUGGUGGUGAAGAAGGAGGGGGAGAGGGAGAAGAGUCUCGUCUUGAGAUUUUGGGGGUCUUUGGGACUGUGUCUACGACGUGGGUUUUCGCCUGGUGCAGCGGAAGAGGUGGGAGGAGUGUCGAUGACGGAGCUGAUUGCGCCGUGGCGAUGACCCGGGCGUGCGAAAGUGGUUGAGAUCGUGACAUUUCAAUUUUCGUGUGUGGAUUUACUGGUCUUGACCUAAGUUGACGGAUGAGAUACCAGUGAAGAGCGUCUUGUGAAAGGCUGUUUUAUCCAACAAUUGCGCUCCUGUAUAUUUUGGCGAAUUGGGAGGUUUUGCUUCUUUACAAAUUUCGAGUUGGCUCCGAUUCUCCCAGGUGCAGACAUCUGUUUUACAUCUAUUGCUGAUCUACACCCAGUGCCUGAUUUUUGAAGCUGGUUGUGGGUAUCCAAAAGCCAUGGCUCAGUACGGUCGGAAACCGGAUACAGAGGAGACAAAUUGUCAGGUUCCCGAAGGUCCCGUAAGAUGCACCAACAACUGUGGGUUUUUCGGCAGUGCUGUAACUAUGGGAAUGUGUUCGAAAUGCUACAGGGACUUUGUGUUGUCGCAGUCCAGAACAUCGUCUGCGAAAAUUGCCGGGGCAUCUCCACCUGUGUAUGAAACACAAGAACCCGUAGCUGACAGGGCCCAGAUCCAGAACUCUUGUCUGUCAAGUACACAGCCCGAAGCUGCUGGUGCUUCUUCUGGCGCCUCUGCCUCGGGGCAGGAUCCGUCCCGGUCAAGGCCUAACCGCUGCUUCUCCUGCAAGAAACGAUUGGGUCUCACGGGCUUUGAGUGCCGAUGUGGCAAUUUAUUUUGUUCUGCACAUCGAUAUUCUGACAAACACAGUUGCACUUUUGACUACAAGUUGGCUGGACGUGAUUCAAUAUCGAAGGCCAAUCCUGUGGUGAAAGCUGACAAGAUAAAUAAGAUCUAAUGAGAUGGAGGAAGCAGUGAGUUGAUGAAGAGCAGCCACGGAACCAUUGGUUCUUUCAGUGGAUCUUCUUAGUAGAAUCUAAACAGGUGAAGUAACGCGUCACUGUUUCGGAAAUUGGCGUAUAAGCAUGUUAUGAUGUUUGCAUACCCAGAAGGUAGAAUUUCGGUGAUUGCCUUGUAUAACAUGAGCAAUUACAUGCUUUUGAUCUCUUCUUUUGGCUAAGUUAUUAUUUCGGCCUAGGAGUUACGUUUCUUAGAUGUUACCCCCGCAGUGUCAUCACAUGGGGAUACAAGGUUUGACAGAGUAUUCAGUUGUAUUGUGGCAUCAUACAAAUGUCCAAGCUUGUAAAUAAGUAGUAAGUUAACACUGCUAACUUUGUUUCUGUACAGUUUGUGGUAAGUUCGCUGUUCA